ACAAAGAGAAUGUGCCGUGAGUCGCCCGCUCAUGGUCUGUCAUUACCUACUAUAUAGUGAAUUUUAGUCCAUUUUACCAGUUUUUGACCGCUUUGAGCCCCACCAUGGCAGGGAUGUACGGGGGUGAGGAUGAAUUUAUCGAAAGUAGAUCAUGUUGUCGAGCGCAGAUUGGUUGCCUGUGUGGGACGUCAUCAUGUCGCCUGUGCUGCCGUCUGUGCCCAAGUGUGUUCGAGUCUACAUCAACAAGGAUUGUCUACAUAAUGUUUCUCAUGUUGAAUGUGGGCAUUAUGGCUCUUAUGAUGUCAGUUCGAGUACAGAAAGCGAUAAUAGAAAUGUUUCCACAUCAAAAAAUUGUAUGUGAAUGGGUAGGAGCUGGAGAAAACUGUGAGGCAGCAAUGGGGUACAUGGCUGUUUACAGACUUGGAUUUGCUAUCACUGCUUACCAUUUUCUGCUUAUGCUGAUUACAUGUGGUGUUAAAAGCAGUCGAGAUUGCCGUGCUGGAUUUCAUAAUGGAAUGUGGUUUUACAAGUUCCUGAUGUUAUUGUUUUUCUGUUUUGGCUCCUUUUUCAUACCGGAUCCAAGGGACCUAUUUAUCAAUGUGUGGAUGUAUACUGCAAUGAGUGGUGCAGCUCUAUUCAUCGUUAUCCAACUCCUGUUGUUGGUGUUCCUCUUCCAUUCUUGGACUGAUAGAUUGGUUGCUCGUGUUAACAAUGGUGGUUCUCCAUUCUGGUGGUACGGAGCAUUGGCUCUGACAGCAACAGUGUUUAUAUAUCUUGCAUUUGCCUGUAGUGUCUUUCUCCUGUACUAUUUCUUCGCUGCCUCCGAGGGGUGCAGUCGUAACCAGUGGUUUAUAAUCAUCAAUACUACUGCCUGUAUUUUUGUAUCCAUAAUGUCUGUAGUGAAACCAGGGUACAAAGAUGUCCGCCUCCGACUCCUCCACUCAUCUCUUAUUUCACUCUAUGUUAUUUAUCUUACCUGGAGUGCCAUUGGAAGUGCUCCCCGGAAAUACCAGAAGUACGAAGAAGAAACACAUGGUAUUUGGAUAGGUGCAGGGCAUGAUGUGAGGUCAAAUAUAAUUUUACCAGAACAGGAAUACUACUGUGGUCCAGAUGGUGAGGAGGAAACCUGGGCAGAUGAAGUCCUUCCCUAUGUGAGUCUUGUCAUUACUUUUGUUUUGGUCAUGUAUUCUGCUGUUGGCACAGCAUCCCCUGAUAACUGUCAGGCCAUUGAAUUUCCCAGUUGUCCCUCAGAUCAGAGUGUUCAGCGCCAUGAUGUCGAGGACAUAGGAGGGCAGAAAGUAGUUCGUAAUGAAAAUAAUUCCUUAGCCUACAGUUAUCCAUUGUUCCAUGUCAUGCUUGGUCUUGCUACUUUGUUUUUAAUGAUGAGCCUUACUGCUUGGUAUACACCAUCUACUGCCAGACUAGUGACAUUUGGUCGGUCAUGGUCAGCUGUUUGGAUCAAAAUGAGUUCAAGUUGGGUAUGCCUCCUGAUCUAUCUCACAGUAACAAUUUUUCCUACAAUGCUCCCUAACAAAAGCUCUCGAACUGGCCCAAUGCAUGGAACUAUUAGUAAUGGUUAUGCUGGUAGCUUUCGGAGCAGUUCUAGGAGCUUGGAUGAUGAUGAAGCAGCUGUCCCACUCUCGCCAAGUAAACCAACUACCACAGUCCACCAGGAAACAACUGUGUAACGUAUUGUUAGAAACUUUCAUUAAUUAUAGUACAGGUAUUUAAAAUUGGACAGGUGUGAUUUCUCCCAGUUUAUAGUUAAAAUCUGUAAUUACAGUGUACCAAGUGAUAGGGAAAGUAAUAUGCCAACUUAGAAUCACUAAUUGUGAUACUUCACUACAUGAAGUGUUAUAUAUUUUUUCAUAUAUUUUCAUGGUCUGUAACAUUUACCUCUUAUGAUAAUAUUAAUGACAGUAGAUGAUGUAUCAAGGAGAAACAUGGAUUUGUUGCUUUAUUUUAAAAUUCUUUUUGUAAUAACAGUAUCAUUCAUCCUGUUUUAAGAUUGAAUGAUGUAAAGUAGGGCUUACAUGAAGCAUCUGGAGUGGAUAAUCAGAUGAAAACAUGCCCAGUUGUGCACUGCAAGAGGCCUACUGAUUCCUGUUAGGCCUCUUUUGUUCCUAGAUGAUGUGUGCUAUGGGAGUCGCCACUGAAAACACUCCACAACUUUGUUUUAUCAUACAUUAGUUUUAUUGUAGAUAACUCCAAACACAUAGGUUUAAUCUUGUCAUUUCCUUUGAAAUAGUAGCCUGGCUCUGUCUCAUGCUAAGUUGUGAGAGUGAGUGUUAGUAAGUAAGUAAGUAAGUAAGUAAAUUUAUUCAGGUAUACACAAUACAGUUACAUAGAAUUAUCAUACAUAACAGCAUAUGUGUAGAGAACCUAGGAUAACCCAAAAAAGUCAGACAGAGUGACUUAUUUCCAUUGGGGUCCUUUUACCUUAUUAUUAUAAUAUAAAGGUUAUAAUAUUUUCUUAUUAUUCUAUAAUGAAGAUAACAUCUUAUUAUCAUACUAAAAAGACUAUCUACUACACGAGGGUCAUUAAGACUAUCUACAAUACGAGGGUCAUUAAGACUAUCUACUACCCAAGGGUCAUUACGACUAUCUACAAUACGAGGGUCAUUACUAGGGAUAAGGUAAAAUUUACACGUAUUUUAGCUAAAAAAUAGAAAAUCAUUCCCCUCCCUUUCUGUUGCUUCAUUCAUCAGACACUUUUUGGCAGUCUUCUUGAACUGGUUCAAGCUAUGACUGGCCUUGACAUUUGUGGGUAGUCUGUUCCAUUCCUUUAUUGCUGUACAAUAAAAGGUGUUUGAAGCCUGGCCACUGACUGUGGGUACUACAAAGUUGUGCUCUCUCCCCCUAGUACUAUGAUUGCUUUGGUUCCCAACCUUGACAAAAUUGACAGCAAGAUAUUCUGGACACUGUUCGUGAGCAAUUUUAUAAACAUGAUUUAGCUUCAGUUGUUUUACUCUGUCUUCAACAUUCAGCAUAUCCAACUGCUGUAAUUCAUCCUGGCCUACAUGUUCUCUUGGUCCCAGCCCCAGGAUGAAUCUUACGAUUUUGUUCUGGGUGAUUUGCAGUCUAUCUUUCAGUUUUUUUGUCAAGGCAGAGUACCAAGAAGAGCAAGCGUAAUCCAUAUGGCAUUGUAUAAGGGCUAGACAUAGGGUCCUGCGAGCCUCAGUAGGUAGACACUGUGCUUGUCUAUACAGGAACUUCAGCCUGGCAUUCGCUUUCUUUACUACACUGUUCCCUAUCAAUUCUCCUGACAUGCAUGGGUCAAAGGGGAUUCCCAGAUAUUUAACUGAUGAAACCAAAGUGAUGGACUCCCCAUUACACUGAACAUUAAAAUUAUUUACCCUUCUCAGUUUAUGUUUCGUUCCAAAGAGAAUGGCUUCAGUUUUCCCUAGGUGUUGUGGUGUUGUACAUGUGCAUUAUUGAUAUUGUCCAUUCCACAGGCUUGUGUGUUCUUGUAGGCAUAUGGAAGGCUUUCAACAGUUUCUCUGAUGUUAACUUGAUUAUGUCUUCCACAGGGAAUGCUGUAGACUCCUACAUUCUUGGGUCCAGCAACAGCCAGUUCUGUCACCUCCCCCCAUAUUAUGCAAAUCAAACAUUCAGAACCAUCAGAAACAUCACAAGGCCCUUUACACCCUACACAGGACCCAAGGAUGCAGGAGUCAACAGCAUCCCCCUAUGGUGGAUGUGAUCAGGUUUACAUCAGAGACACUGGUAGAGGUUGUCCCAUAUACCUACAAGAACUCUCAUAUUCUACAGAAUAUUCAGCUUCAACAAUUCAUGUGUACAAAAUCACAUAAUUAUUCCCACAUCAUGGCAUGGGACAGAGCCCAGCAGCUGUUUCAAGAAAAUAACAGAAUUAAACUUAGGUCUUGGAGCUGUGUACAAACACUAUAUAACAAAACUGGUAUUUUCACAUUGCCAAUCUUCAUGGGAUGCAUCGUCUUGGAACAAGGAAGCCUAGUGUGGAUCAUUAGGCCUCUUUCAGUGCUCUACUGAGCAUAUUUUUACCUGAUUAUCCACUCUGGAUACCCUAUAUAAGCUUAUUAUCCUCAUUGUUGUAUAUAUUUGAUAUAGCCCACUUGUAGGGUAAAUGUUAUAGCAAUAUAUUUCUCGUGCUCGUUGGUCAAUAUAAUACAGUGAAACUGCCAUUAAUUGAAAACAAAAAAAUACAGUAUUUGCAUCUGGGGGAGCUUUAGUUCCCCUGGUGACUGCAUCACUGUCUCAAUAUAACAUGAGUGUUUAUGGGAAAAUAAUUUCAAAAUUUUGUUCUAGUUACAAUUUCCAGGAACAUGUUAAUGUCAUAUAAUGUCCUGUUGUUUAUUCUGCUUGAAUAGCCCUCUCCCCAUCUCUUCCCUUCUUCUACCUCCCUCCCUCAAACCUCCCCUUCCCCCUUCCUUAUCUCUCCUCCUUUCCCCUUUCACAGUCUUUCAUUGACACCCAUCACACAUGUAGACAGACCUACAUUUUAAGCUCAGCUCCCUCAAAUAAGCUGUGAUCAGUAAAUUUUGGCUUAGACAUAAGAGAAUGGUUGUUUGGUGAGUGCAUACAGUAUGCAAUAAACUUCUGUUUCAUGUGGUCCAUGAUGGGAAAGGCCAACUUUUCACCUUGUUUUUUGUUUAAAAUGGUGACUUUGAGGUGUUUUCUAAGACGUUUUUUAUGGUUAUAUUGGUUGUUUCUUGGUAUCAAUUGAUAGACUGGAAAACAUACUAGUGAAGUAGAGAUGGUUUUGAUCAGUUUUGGGACUGGAAGUAGCUUGAACUAGGGCUCAUUCUGGCAAAAAUAUUUGAUUUUUAGCAGUUUUUCUUACUAUAGGUAGGGUUUUCUGAUCUGAUUUAUGGGUUUUUACUAAGUCUGCUUCAAUUAUUGAAACUGCCUAAAGUAUGACCAAUCAUUCUUGAUUAUUGUGUAUUAUCUGAGAAGUAGCAUAAAUGAGAUUUUUUGUGAUGUAUUCAGAAUCGAGGGCAAGUGUUAUAUAGGAGAGGCCUGGGGACAUGAUUAAUGAAUAGAGAAAUGGUUGUUUUAGUACCUGGAAUAACUAGAGGGUUCAUUUUGGACUGUUUUUAAAUGGAUUUUUUUAAUUUUGUAUAAAAUUGGCCAGAUUUUUAAAUUUUGUGCACAUUAUAGGGUAAUUCUGAUAGUUAAAUAAGUGGUUUCUUGUGAUCAAUCAAUAGAACAAACAGAAUAUUAGUGAACAAACUAAUAUUGGAAUUGGCUUAAAGUAAAACUCAAUGUAAUCACCAAUAUGUCAACUGUACUACGUAAUUCCAUGAGUCUUACAUCAGAUUUUCUUUUUUUGGUGUAAUUAUCUCCAGAAAAAAGUUCUCUGACAUUUCAAAAGAUAAUUUUUUUUAAAUCUUGAGACAGCACUUUUAAUUUCAGGUGUCCUAACAGUGAAAGGGUUAAAUGUCUAUAGUUAUUCAGGAAUGUACUGUGAACUGUAUUUAUUAAACAACUAAAUGUGCAGCAAUUAUUGCUAAUGAUGUUUCAGGUUAUGGCAUAAUCUGAGCCAAUGCAUUUAAUAUUUUUAUUAUUUGUCUGGUAGCUAUCUCUUAAUACUGAACGUUCAGUAAAGAGUUAUAUUGUAGUGUAUUGUCAUAAGGCAGCUUGCUUCAGCUAUAAUUUAUUUGAAUAUGCAAUACAGGAGAUCCUCUAUUUAACGGACUUCAGUGUACUGUAAUGGACUUCAGAAAUAUGGGCCAGAAUCCACAGUUUUUUUAUUCAGGUAGUAUGAAUAAAACCCUUUGAUUGCAGAACUUUUGAUUAUUUUUACAACCAUGGCAAGACAGUCUCCUCUACCAUCACUAUUGCCAGUAUUAGCUGUCUAUUCCCUCCUAUCAGACCGUUAAAACAAGGAUUUGCUGUUUUGUUUUCUUUAAUCCUGAUGUACUGAUAUGUUUUUAAUUUCAUGUACAGUUGACCCCUGACGUACGAUGUCCCCAACCUACAUAAAAACCGGCCUACGAUGCAUUUCAGCGUAAAAUUUUGACCCCAAUGUACGGUGAAAAACUCGACCUACAGCAUUUGUCUCGUACGUGUCCCCACGUGUCUGUCUGCCUGAGCACGCCUCAGCUGGCCUGCCUUCAGUUAGUGUGCCAAUAUUUACAAGCCAGAGUGGUCGCUCCCACGCAUACAUUCGGAACAUUUUGUAUUAUUCCAGUGUUUUUAGUGCUUCUAACUGCUAAAUAAGCCACCUGAGCCCAAAGAAAGCUUCUAGUGCCAACCCUGUAGUAAAAAGGAUGAGAAAUACUAUCGAAAUACUAUCGUACCACGGUCAGCUGCUGCUGCACCAUGGUCAGCUGCUGCUGCACCACGGUCAGCUGCUGCUGCACCACGGUCAGCUGCUGCCGCACCAUGGUCAGCUGCUGCUGCUGCUGUAGCACCAUCAGCUGCUGCUACACCGUGGUCAGCUGUACUACUCGAAGAUGUGGAGAGACUGUUGUUGAUGUGGCUUAUUGAGAAUACCGAGAAACAGUUAACCCCAGAAGGUUAGCUGCCCAGCAUAACCCGAGAAAGUCAGUGUGUCAUUGAGGACUGUCUAACUUAUUUCCAUUGGGGUCCUUAAGCCUUUCAGGGUUUCGGCCAUACUAGUACGGCUUACGCCUCAGGGUUUUUGACGUACUAGUACACCUAAAUUCUAAUGCCCUCAAAUCUAGUAAGAGAAAGCUGGUAGGCCUUCAUAUGAAAGAAUGGGUCUAUGUGGUCAGUGUGCACAGUAUAAAAAAAAUCCUGCAGCACACCGUGCGUAAUGAGAAAAAAACAACUUUGACCGUGUUUUUGGAUUAAAGCAGCGACUUUGCACUGUAUUUUCGUAUGGUAUUUAUUGUUGUAUUCUAGUUUUCCUGGUCUCAUUUUAUAUAAUGGAAGACAUAUUACAGAAAUUGAGAUGAUUUUGACUGGUUUUACAAUGAAAAGUACCUUGAAAUUGAGCUCAAAGUUGCAGAAAUGUUCGAUUUUUACCAAAGUUCAAAAGUAAACAAAUCAUGCCAAGUGUACAAUACAUGUCAACUGGUGAGUCUAAUAUUCUUUCACAAGUGCACUGAUAUUAUUUAUACCAUUUCUACACUAAUGCAGUAGUCUGCAUAACAGUAAAUCUUCUAUUUUUUGUAAGAAUAAAAAUUCAAAGUGGAAAGCCAAAGAAAUAUAAGAGGAGCCUGGGGAUGUGACUGAUGAACAGAGAACUUGUUAUUUUAGCGCCAGGAAUGUCUUUCUUGCUUAUUCUGGACCCUUUUCGGAAAUUGGCAUCUUUUGAAAUUUGUGUGAAAUUGGCAAAAUUGCUAAAUUAUGACCAUUUUAUUGGAUAGUUGAAAUUAGUAAAUGGGUGGUUUCUUGUACUCAUUCGAUAGAAAAAAUGGAGUUCUAGCGAAAUAGUUAUGAUUUUUGUCGACUAGUACACUGGAAUUGGCCGAAAAUAGGGCUCAAAGUGGGCAAAAUCGUUGAUGCGUAAACAUCGUCGAGACUGCUAACUUCGUGAGAGCAUAAUUCCGUAAGUUUUCCAUCAAAUUUCAUACUUUUGGUGUCAUUAUGAUUGGGAAAAGAUUCUCUAUCUUUUCAUAAGAAUUUUUUUUUCUUUUUUUUUAAAUUUGGCGACCCUGAGAACAAGUCUCGGAGAGGGCCUAGGGACCCUGAAAGGGUUAAUCUUGUCUCCCAGGAUGCGACCCACACCAGUCAACUAACACCCAGGUGAACAGGAAAAAAUGCCAGGAUCUAGUGCUCAUAUUGGUGAAUUUAAGGACAGCAAAGGUUGGUUUGAGAGAUUUAAGAAUCGUAGUGGCAUACAUAGUGUGAUAAGGCCUGUUCUGGAAGAAAAUGCCAAACAGGACCUACAUUACUCAGGAGGAAAAGGCACUCCCAGGACACAAAGUGUCUCAUCAGUCAUCGCUACAUCUUCAAUAAAGGUAAGUGUCAUUUGUUCUUCAUUUAGUAGAGUAGUACAUUCACAAUAUAUAUUAUGCAUGUAUCCUAAUUUUUGUGUGUAGGAAAAUGUAUAUUGCAUGUGGUAAAAAAAAUUUUUUUUCAUACUUUUGGGUGUCUUGAACGGAUUAAUUUGAUUUCCAUUAUUUCUUAUGGGGAAAAUUAAUUCAACCUACGAUCAUUUCAUCUUAGGAAGGGCUCUCAGGAAUGGAUUAAUAUCGUAGGUUGGGGGUCCACUGUACAGCAACUUUUCCCUGUUAGUAGAGAUUUUGUAUUGUACCAGUAGGGUCAAAAAACAGAUCAAAGACAAUGUUUGUUAAUUCUAUAUAUCCACUCAUUAUUACCAUAUUUUUUUAAUUAGAAUAGGUUGUUGAAAAGAUGGAUAAUAUCAUUAGUGUUAAUUUGUCAGGUUUACUGACUACUUUUAUUCCAUAAGCAGAGUAAAAGUGUAUUUUUGUUUUAUCAUGACAUUCCUGGUGUUGACUUUGUGUGUGCAUGCUCAGUACAUACAGUAAAAACAUACACAGAGUACAUACUGUGUAGGGUGGGUGGCUGUGAUGGAGGGAUUUUAGAAUGUCUUUAUAAAGCCUGGUGAUCUUUGACUGAAUUUACUGAUCCAGCCUUCAUAUGCAGUGCUUUAUUCUCUGGGUCAUGUUCCUGGCUGUUUCCAAUUAAUUGCUUCAGCCAUUUUCUUUGUUAACCCUGAGAGAAAAAUUGCUUUACUUUCAUUGGUCUUCUGUCUAGAUCAUUAGUACACCAGUUCUUAAUACUUGUCUUCCUUGUCCUUCCAAUUAGGACUGCCACAUGGCUUCUUAAGAGUUUAUUUUUAUUAUCCAAUAUACUUUUAAUUAAAUUUUACUAAUAAAUAUUUAUUUUUAUAAUAUACAUGUAUUACAUUCUCCAUGGGGAAGUGGAACAGAAUUCUUCCCCCGUAAGCCAUGCGUGUCGUAAGAGGCGACUAAAAUGCCAGGAACAAGGGCUAAUAACCCUUUCUCCUGUAUAUAUAUAACUAAAUUUAAAAAGAGAAACUUUCCUUUUCCUUUUUGGGGCACUCUGUCUCGGUGGGAUACGGCUGUUUGUUGAAAGAAGAAUAUGUUACAUAGUAUGGCUUUAAAAACUAGAAUCUCUUUAGAUUUAGAUUUUAUUUUAUGCUAAUGGCAUGGUAUAUUUGUGCAUUUUUCUGGGAAGGUGGUCCAUAAUUUCCAUUUGAUUCUCAAAGAGGACUCAAAAAGGGGUUAAGAAUCUUUGAUGUAGAGAUGGUAAAAAGCUUAAAUUAGAAGAUUUUUUUAAAACACCACUCUUUGGUAUUACCAAUAAAAAAUACACAAGUUGACAGUGAUGAUAACUUAUAGUUUUGCAUUUACUCCAUAAAGUCAGAUUUCCAUCCAUCACUGCUAUUGGUACAGUGUACUCUUCUGAGCUUAAGGGUCUGCCAGAUCUUUCAACUAUUAAACAUUGCAUGUGUUAAAUAAUACUGAUCUCAAAAAUUACUUUUUGCUGAAACUAAAUUUGUUAUACAGUAUUUUAGUAGUGAAAUAUAUGUGGGAUACUUAGUAAGUACUCACACAAAAAAAAUAAGCGGCACAAGAAAUGCAUAAAUGGUGUGAAUUACAAUCAGUGAAUAAAAAUAUUUGUAUUGCAUUCACUGAAGGAUUAAUAUUGAGUUUAAUGUUUGGUAGCCCUCUUGAUGUUGCUUUUGUUGCUAGAAAUAAUUUACAUCUAACUUAGUGAUAAUUUAUAGACAACCAAGGUUGACUGAUCUACUGUCUGAGUCGGAUUUUUGCCACUGUUUACAAGUUAAUAUAUGUAGUAAGAUUUUUGCAGUAAAUACAGUGCUCUACUCUACCAAAGUGCUCUUAUAUUUUUUAAAUGAUUACUUGAGAGAGAUACUUUUAGGUUCAGCUUCUUAUUGAUUAUCAAAUUGAUCUGAUUUGCUAUUUAUGUAGGAAUUUCAUGUAUAGAUUAAUAAUGUGAAAGUGUAAAAGUACUAAUACAGUGGACCCCCGGUUAACGAUAUUUUUUCACUCCAGAAGUAUGUUCAGGUGCCAGUACUGACCGAAUUUGUUCCCAUAAGAAAUAUUGUGAAGUAGAUUAGUCCAUUUCAGACCCCCAAACAUACACGUACAAACCCACUUACAUAAAUACACUUACAUAAUUGGUCACAUUCGGAGGUAAUCGUUAUGCGGGGGUCCACUGUAUUACUUGGUAUGUUAUUAGUCCUUAACCAUUGACUUGUACACAGCUAGUGCUCUUUCAUGUUUACCGUGAAGUAUAUAGAACUAACUGCUCUUCCAUACCUUUUAUUUAAUUUAUACAAUCUCACUAAGUGGAACAUGAAAUUUGAAAUGUUGCACUUAUAUUUCAUAUUCAGUAUUUGAACAACUGUACAAUAUAUUAUGAGCCUAGAUGAUAUGUCAAGGGAUGUUUUUCAGUCAAAAAACCUGCCUUGCAUAUUUACCAGCUCAUAUGUAGAGUUGAAAUAUUUUCAUUGAAUGUUAAGCUGUAAUAAUAUAAUUGAAAAAUUCAGUAAUCCCAUGUAGCUUCUGUUUGCUUAGUGUAAUUUCACUUACAGGAUGCAUUAGGGAACAACUUUUCUUAACUGCUGUAUUUGCUUCCUCCCUGACAGCCUUUUGUAUUGGCUUUUGUUACCAGUUUCAAAGAAACAUGAAUUAAAUUUUAACACUUCUUAAAGGAUUGAAAAAAAAUGUGCCAGUUACACACAUGCCAAGCAGUCAUAAGCAAACAAUAGAAAAAAAAAAACAUUUAGUAAAAACAAUAUCCUCAAUACAAUAAAAUUGAAAAAUCUACAUUUUUAAUCUUAAUAUUUACCAAAAAAUAUGAGCAUACAUACCAUAUAACCCUUGUAGGUUUAGCACUUCUUUUUUGAUAAUAAUAAUAAUAAUAAUAAAAAUAAUAA